UUUGGGAAUUUUAAAGGAAAACGUAAUGCAAAACGUAGCAACAUAUUUUUUUGUUUUUAUUUUGAUUUCGAUCGAGAUUCAAGAUUCGAACACGGAAGUUAAUUUUCUCGUUGUUGACGCUCGCAUUGCGAAACAUGUCUUAUUGUACUGAUUAUGUUCUCUUGGUCUUAUUGCUGUUUUAGAAGCUUACAAAAAUUGUCCAAAUUAUGGUGAACAAUAUAUUUCACCCCUGAUUCGGAUAGUGAAUCAUAAACAUGGCUACGAGAGGAGAAAAAGCGAAUGGAAAUGGCGAGGAGCUGAGCGUCGAGACAUUGGCGGAGGUGUUCCGGUGCUUCAUCUGUAUGGAGAAGCUGGUGGACGCGCAUCUUUGUCCCCACUGCUCGAAGCUCUGCUGCUAUGCGUGCGUGCGGCGAUGGCUCACGGAGCAACGCUCGCAGUGCCCGCACUGCCGCGCAGCCCUGCACCUCCAUGAGCUGGUGAACUGUCGCUGGGUUGAGGAGGUGACCCAGCAAAUAGAGUCUAUACAACAAACUAAUUCUGCUUGUCAGAGGGACAGUUGUCGCGACAGAUGUCCAACUCAUCAAGAGAAGCUGACCGUAUACUGCUGGACUUGCCGUUGGUGCAUCUGCCACCAGUGUGCCUUGUGGGGAGGCAAGCACUCCGGCCAUACCUUCAAACCUUUGGAAGAGGUGUACGACCAACAUGUGACACAGAUACGAGACGAGGUGUCACAGUUGAGGCGCAGACUCAUGGAACUUAUUACUCUAGUACAGGAUGUGGAACGCAAUGUGGAAUCAGUUCGUUCAGCAAAGGACGAGCGUGUGCGUGAGAUUCGGAACGCCGUAGAACUGAUGAUCUCUCGGCUGGACUCAGCCUUAAAAGCCAAGCUGCUCAUUUUGAUGGGGCAGAAGAACAGCCUCACACAAGAGACUGAGCAACUGGAGCAUUUACUGCAGGAAGUUGAUCACCAGCUUCAUACUAGUACUAGAUCUGAACUGAUAGCGAAGAGUGGUGACCUAUCGAAAAUGAUCCAUCAAGUACGCAAGAAGCCCAUGUCUAGUUUCGUCACUACGCCUGUACCGGCCGAUUUUCACAGUGAAAUCGUGCCGAGCUACGACAGUAGUACGUUCCCUUUGGCCAACUUCACGCAGCUGCAGCACAAGGCGUUGCCCGUGUACUCGGAGAUCCUGCGCGUCAACGGGCUGUCCUGGCGGCUCAAGGUGUACCCGGACGGCAACGGCGUCGUGCGCGGCAACUACCUCUCCGUCUUCCUCGAGCUCAGCGCCGGCCUACCGGAGACCUCCAAAUACGAAUACCGAGUGGAAAUGCUCCACCAAGUGUCUCGGGACCCGUCGAAGAACAUCGUACGCGAGUUCGCAUCGGACUUCGAAGUUGGCGAGUGUUGGGGCUACAAUCGAUUCUUCCGACUCGAUCUACUCGCUAGUGAGGGAUACCUCAAUCCUGAUACAGACACUCUUAUAUUAAGGUUCCAAGUGCGUCCGCCGACGUUCUACCAGCGGUGUCGAGACCAGCAGUGGUACAUAACUCAGUUGAUUGCAAAGCAAAAUCAGCAGACGCUACAACUCAAUGAUCUCAAGGAGCGCUUGACAUUGGAAACUCGCAACUCGAUAGUGGCGACCCGCGCGAUGCCAAACAAUCCGAUGACGUCGCCGUCCAAUGCUGCCACCAAUGAAGCAGACAACCCCUCACAGAACAAUCCCGUCGACGGCAACGGCCUCAGCGACGCGAUGGUCUACAACGGCAGUACGUGGAAGUUCAAAAUGCUCCCCGACAUGCUGAGUGGCCAGUGCAUAACUGUCCCAGAAGCGGACGUGAUGGAAGACCCGUUCAUCACCGCGGGCGCGCUGAGUCGCUUGGAUGACUUCGGCGAUCGCAUGCGCGCCGCGCAGCACGCGCUCGACUCUCCGCACAACUUACCUUCCACUUCUAGGUCGUCGAAUUCGCUGCAAACGACGAUAUCAGUUCCGGAUAACUUAGCAGUCAGCCUCCACACGCUGCUGGGUCCUGCCAGCACGCCCCCCGCGCCGCGCCCGUCCCGCGCGCGCCCGCGCCCGGACAAGCAGCCCGUCGCCGACUCGCCGCUCACUGCGGUGGCUAGCACGCCCAUACCGGAAGCGUCCGCGGCCAUCUCGCCGGUACUGUGCGCGUCUAUAUCAUCCCCGGAGUUGAAUGCGUCUAUCGGCGAGGCAACGGCAGAGGUCCCCACCGCGCCCGCCGGUCCCGACCCACUCUCCGCGCACGCCGCACACCCCACGCAGCCCACCUCGGAGUCCAGCAGCGACACCGGGGAAUUAAUGCUCAACCAGCUAGAGUACACAUUUGUGAGCGACGGCAACCCGAACCAAAUUGACGAGAACUCCAACGAAGAGAACGAUGUUGAUGAAGAAACCAUGUCAGGGGAAAACGAUGUAGAAGGCGCAUGCAGCGACUCGAAUCGUUCCAACGAUGGGGGUGAUAUAUUGAGUCGACUUCUCUGCGCGGUACACGGACUGGGGCUGACGCCGGCCGGCAGUGACGGGCCGAUCUCACCCAUUCGCCCACUCUCACCCGCGUGCCCGCUCUCCCCCGAGCUCACAUCCGUGUACGUGCACGUGCCUCCGCAAACCACGGCGCAAGCACCCACGCCCCCGAGGCACGACGACCCGCAGUUGUCGACGGCCGCGCAUACGGACAUGCUGCUGUUGAAUCUCAUGCGCAUCAACGGACUCACGCCGAAGUGCACGAGGAAUAGCAAGCCUGUUCCGAAACGCAACUGGGCGACGUCGUCUCAGAGCGACCCCACCAUGCUGCGUGGAAACGGCGGCGGCGCGACCCGGCGGCCCAUGCGCUUCGUGUCGACGCCCGCGCGCCGCCCGCCGCAGCGCAGCCCGCCGCAGCGCAGCCCGCGCAACCCGCCCAUCCCGCCCAACCCGCCCCUGUCGCCCGGCCAGCUGCAUAGAGAUACCGUACCAGGUGCAGUUCUCUGGUCCUCCAAGUGGGCGAGUGGCAGCCCCGCGACUCCCCUGAACAAUGGUGCGGGCAGCGCGUUGCGCGAGUGCUACUGGCCCUCCGCGUCCUCCCUUAGCGACACCGACGACGUCAUUCUCAACUACAACGACACCAUGUUCGACAUGCUUCUAAAUAGCCUAUCGCUCGACGGCAGCAACGUAGCCGAGUGCGACGACGCGCCGCCCGUACAGCCCUGGAGCCCACCGCGCGACUCGCGCGCCGAAUGACCCGACCCCGCGCGCCCGCAACAGCAACCGUACCAACCGCACUUGGCGUACGACAUUGCCGACCACGACGAUCCAUCGGACAACUACAGACCCGAGUAACAUUAUCCUUUCACGUUAGGUACAGAACUACAGUACACUUUCAUAAGUCGCAUCGGCAAAAUUCGUUACCGCCGAAAAGUGCAACCUCGACUCUUUCACACUAGAACGAUUCGUGUUUUUGUCUUAUCGUCCACGAUUCAUGAUUUUUUUGUCGGCGACAACGGAUUUUAAGUGGCCAUGUUUGCACUAACAAGAAUCGUGAAAAAUGACGAAUACGUACCGUCUUACAAAUCACGAUUCGUCAAACGAAUCGUUUAUUUUUUGUCAGAUCAGCUGACCCCCGCGCGAUAAAACCAAGAUCAUGUAAGUAUUAUGUUGGGUAGUUGGUCCAAGACUAAACUCUGAAUCACGAAUAAAGACUAUCUGAAUCACGAAUCAAGACGCUCUGAAUCACGAAUCAAGACACUCUGAAACACGAUUCCGUGAUCGUGCAUCUGUCAUAAGUCAUGACGUAUCGUUUUUUUAACGAAUCGUCAAUGACGGGUCCCAUGUCCUAACGCCGAUUGAAACGGAUUCCUUUGGGUAUUGCCUUUAAUGCACUUUGACUACAUUACUUCAAUUUAAUUUCAUGAAUAUUGAUUCAUGAACAUUUUCAUCUUAAAUCAGAAGCUUAUUGCAUUUACUAGACUUCAGUGUGCGUUAUAAUAAUCUAUUUUAAUAAUAUCGCUCAUAUUGUAUGUUGUGUGUUGUGAUCGCGGAUUUUCUGAACUUAUAUAUAACGUUCAAUUUAAUUGGGUCUGUUUUGGCGCUAACUACUGUACUAUAGGUAAUACCAGGAGUCAUUCUGGGUAAUUCUGUACCUUUUUACUAUUUAGCAACUGGGUCGCGAUCGAGUAGUAAAUGUUACGAGAAAAUACAAAAUGCGCCCACAAUAGGUAUAAGUAUGAAUUAAAUUAUGCGCAUUAAGGAUUGAAGCAAAUAAAACGCGCGAUAGCAACGCGGCCUUAUGGUAACUACUUGCUGCACGGCAUGAACGUUUGGGCAUAUAUUUGUCAUUUAAUUGUGUUCCCCUAAUUCGAAUAGUGUAUCAAUAAAUUAUAUCACAACGUCUACAAAUGAACCGUGUUGUCCACGUUUCUGUUGCGCGUUACGUGUGUUUCAAGCUUAUGUUUAGAAAGAUUAAUUUAUAUAUUUUCUAUUUAUUUUUGUUUUUGCUUCAAUGAAUAUUAGAUAAUAUAAAAUAAUUGAGCGAGUACUCAGCAUCCAGUUUCUCGGAAUGCUAGCGUUACUUUGGCAUAAUUUGAUUAUACUCAUCACCAGAUAGCAAGAGACUUGCCUCAACCCAUCUCGGGGUCACGAGUUUAGUUUUAAUUAUUUUUUUAAUCCCUGGUCAGCCGACGUGUGACAGCAAGGGACGUAGUAUUUAUUGAACGUGUGGCCACAGUUUACUGCAGUUAUGAAAGUUGUAAUAAAACUUUAAGGCACAGCUUAACCGCACUGUCGUCCCGCGUUGUGUUUGACCAGAGCUUACUGUUAUUAAGAUAUUGUGUAUGAAUGUGUAAGUGAAAAUUAAUUUGGGCAUUAAAGUGUGAACUCAAAAUUUGA